AUGGACUCUUCAUCGUCAGAACACUGGCUACAACGAAGAGGUGCAGGAGCUCCACCCGGGUCUCGAGGACGCGCAAAUUCCAUUGCUUUGGGAUUUGCAUCCUCGGGCACUCCAGAUCCAAUUCUCGGUACCUCAUGGAGCAACAAUAGACCUUCGAGGUCUUAUUUCCACGGAUCAACCUUUCAAGAUUCUCCUGGGUCUGCAGGAAAUGGGUUUCUAAACUCAGGAAUUGCGGCUGCUACAGUAUCUUCGGUCCGUGAAGAAACUGCCUCUUUAGCAGAACUUGCCCUCGAAGACAAUUUCACUGGCUUGAUGGCAAGCUCUGUUGGUCUUGGGGGUGGUGACGGAACACUUUCAUCACAGGCUAGCGAAGGCUCAAUUGAAACCCCAGCAUCAUAUCGUCGCAGAAGCAUUAGUCGCAACAGCUCAUCCAUACUUUCUGGGUUCCGUCCAGGAAGUCUUCACUCUGUUGCGGAAAUGCCACGACGUUCAAGCCCAAGCAUUAGUCACAAUAAUAAUAAUAAUAAUAAUAAUAAUAAUAAUAAUAAUAAUAAUAAUAAUAAUAAUAAUAAUAAUAAUAAUAAUAAUAAUAAUAAUAAUAAUAACAAUGCAGCAAGCAGCUUUUUCAAUUCUUCAUUCGAAGCAGUUCCUGGAGCAGGAGGUGCCGUGGCUGCAUCUUACGGAGGCCAUGCACUGGCCAAAUGGAAUUUGUCGUCAACAUCUCCGGAACAUGAAUCUUUGGUUGGGCCAGAUUUGGUUCAACCAGCUUCUUUACACAAUAACAAUAACAAUAAUCCUGUUACCUUAAAUGUAACUGACGGAUCCGAUGAAGCUACAGUUAAUGUCCCGCCUCCUCUCCAUCGCAACACGUCGUAUCUUUCUACCAUCCUUAAAGGCAAGAGCACCCAAGGUGUGGUGGUGGUUGGGAAACAAGCAGAUGCAGAGGAAGCAGCAGCUGGCGGUAGAGGCCCCACCGGUGAUAACCUUAUUCCACCACAAUUACAACAACAACCGGCUAUCGGCGACUCUCAGCACCCAAUAGCAGCAGCCCCCGCAGUCUCAGGAGCAACUACAACUACUACUAAUACUACUAAUACUACAAAUCCUACAGCAACAGCAACAGCAACAGCAACAGCAACUGUCCCGACUUCCUUAAAUACCGACGUGGCAGGCUUAUCCUCUGGAGGAUCCGCCCCGCUUAGCCCGACCAAUGUUAGCUCGAGCCCAAUGACAUACUCGACUCCGGCACGUACAUUUCGGGUCAAGCAACAAAAAAGCAACAAGGCAGCAGCAGCAGCAGCAGCAGCAGCAGCAUUAACUUCAAAUACUAGUGGCUCUACCAAAACAUCUUCAGCGGCAUUAUCUCCAGAAGCCCUUGCAACUAUAACAUCAUCUACUACUACAGCUGCUGACCUUGCAAAUCCAAAUACCCUCACAUCGUUACCGUCCUUCCCGUCUCCAGCAUCACCUCCUCCAGCCCAGCAAACGUCUCCGUUAUUGCCCGGAAGCUUUUCCAAAACGGGAAGUUAUGGAUCUUCUUCAUCAGACCACUUGGAGUACCAAACUUUCCACAAUGGCACUGCUCCAGGUAGCUCUUCGCCAUUGAAUAAUAAUAAUAAUAACAACAACAAUAAUAAUAAUACUAACAAUAACAAUAACAAUACAUAUAAUAACUUCAAUGGCUAUGCAAACUUUGGCAGCAAGUUUUUGUACUCGGCAAUGCGACCCUCAUCAUGGACAAAGUGUGCAAAUGAAUGGGCUAGCGAACAUUUGACACGCGAGUCUGUGCUUGAAAAUGGCAUUAAAAAACCACUUUCAUACUUGCCAUCUGUGGUUUUAGGGGUGCUUUUAAAUAUCCUUGAUGGUCUUUCAUACGGCAUGAUUUUAUUCCCCCUCAACAACCCCAUCUUUGCAUCUUUAGGGCCUGCCGGACUGUCCAUGUUUUACGUUUCAUGCGUCAUUUCACAGCUGGUUUAUUCGCUCGGCGGUAGUAACUUUGGUUCCGGUGUUGGGUCCGAAAUGAUUGAGGUUGUUCCUUUUUUCCACACUAUGGCAACUACUCUUGUACAGGAAAUUGGUGAAGACAAGCCUCAUACUGUCGUCGCCACUACCAUUGCAGCUUUUGCACUCUCGUCAAUUGUCACUGGCUUAGUCUUUUUCAGCUUGGGCUAUGCGCGCCUCGGUUCCAUCAUUGGAUUUUUCCCCCGCCACAUUCUGGUGGGGUGCAUUGGUGGUGUUGGCUGGUUUUUGAUUGUUACUGGCCUAGAGGUUUCGUCGCGUCUUGACGGGUCGUUUGAAUACUCGUGGGCCAUGCUCAAGUGGCUUUUUGUAGAAGGCACCUUAAUCAAGUGGUUUAUUCCUCUUGCUUUGGCACUCAUUCUGGUUACGAUUCAAAAGUACACUCACCACCCGCUAUUGGUUCCUUCCUACUUUAUUUCUGUUUUUAUUAUUUUCCACCUGGCGGUUCUUUUGAUCCCCAACCUUUCCUACGAGCACUUGCGCAAAACUGGGUGGCUGUUUGAGGGCCCGGAAAAUAGUGACGAACCAUGGUGGUACUUUUACACGCUUUACGACUUUGCAGCCAUUGACUACAUUGCUCUUUUGAAGACCAUUCCAGCCAUGUUUGCAUUAACCUUUUUCGGAAUUCUCCACGUCCCUAUUAAUGUCCCUGCGCUUGCUGCUUCUAUUGGCGAAGAUAAUAUUGACGUUGACCGUGAACUUCUUGCUCACGGUAUCUCUAAUGCCCUUUCUGGACUUUGCGGUAGUAUCCAAAACUACCUGGUUUACACUAACUCCGUUCUUUUUAUCCGCUCAGGUGCUGACAGCAGACUUGCCGGCGUAAUGCUUGCAAUUGCCACGUUUUGUGUCAUGAUUGCAGGUCCCGUGGUAAUUGGAUUUAUUCCAGUAAUGGUUGUUGGUGCACUCAUCUUUUUACUAGGCAUUGAGCUUAUUAAUGAGGCUUUGGUGGACACAUAUGGCCGUGUCAGUCGUUUUGAGUACCUUACAAUUGUGAUUAUCGUUGUGACUAUGGGAGCUUGGGACUUUGUUGCUGGUAUUAUCGUGGGCAUUCUGCUUGCAUGUGCAUCAUUUACUAUUCAAGCGUCACAAACAAGCGCCAUCAAGGCUACAUUUACAGGUGCUGUUGCACGAUCUACAGUGCGCCGUAAUGCCGCAUUGCAAAGCUUUUUGUUUGAGGUUGGUGAUCAGAUUUUUGUUUUAAAGCUCACAGGAAAUAUCUUUUUCGGUACUAUUGUUCGGAUUGAACAAGCGGUGCGAAACUUGCUUGAUGAUGAGUACUUUUACCAGCAACCCAUUCGGUAUUUAAUUUUGGAUAUGGAGGCAGUUACUGGCAUUGAUUUUUCUGCAGCAGAGGCCUUUGCACGAAUGAAGCGGUUGCUUGACACUAAGUCUGUGUACAUGAUUAUUUCGUCUCCUGAUGAGACACACAUGAUUCAAGCUCUUCAUGCGGUGGGAUUACUGGAGCGCGCAUAUACUGAAGAGGUUUUGCACAAUAAGCCAAUUAAUAAUAAUUCUAUCACAACCGACGAGGAGUCAUUAAUUGAUUCGCCUGGGUGUCCUAUUGAGGAGGAGAAUCCGAAUGAAGAGGAGGCGGCUAGCAUGCGUGUACGGUUAUUCCCCAACCUUAAUUCAUCAUUGGAGUGGUGUGAAAAUCAGUUUUUGAAGGAUUAUUACAUUCGUCGAGAUCGGCUCAAUACUAGACAGUUACGGCCUAGCACUUCGGGUAGUAGUUCAUCUGCUGGUGGAGUUGGUAAAAGAAGUAUUGAGAUUCCAGAGAAUGAUUAUAACAAGGCUGCAUUGAGUGUUGCUCAGAGAAGUAUUUCACGCAGUGACUCUGUGAAGGCACUUGAUUCUACUUCAAUUGUGGGGUCUCCACGGGUUGCAUUUUUACAGCUUGUUGCUGAUAAGACACUUCGUGAGGACCCACAGGUUCUUGUGUCUACGUCCAAAUGGCAACACUACAAGCAGCCUUUGCCGUUAUUGCUUCAAACGUUUCAAGGAGUGACGACGAAGCGGGAGUCGUUUUGGCACCGUGUGAGUCCGUACUUUGUACGAGAGCAAGUGAGUGCCGGAACGAUUCUUUACGAGAGUGACUCUGAAGCCACUGGGUUUUACAUUGUUGAAACUGGUGUGCUGCGGGCAGACUACGAUACCAUUGAGCAAGGGUCGUUGUAUGAGAUUAUUCUUGCUGGGACGACGUGUGGCGAGUUGCCCUUUUUCAGUGGGACGUACCGAACAGCCACGGUGUCAGCGGAGACGGAUGCGGUUGUUUGGAAGCUUGAUCGCAAGUCAUGGCAAGCACUGAGAGAGCUGAAGCCAGAUGGAACGGAGAUUGCGACGGAGUUUUAUUUGAUUGCUCUUAAGUUGACUGUGGAGCGGUUUGAGUCUGUGACUGCCUUUACGUUACUAUCGUCAAGGUAA